AUGUUAGUCGUCAAGGAUAUAGCUUUCGGCAUUAUGGCCUGGACGAGGACUCCACGCACCACAGCUUACAGGAAGCUCAACGAAAUUGAUGCUGAAGCUUUCCGGUCCCCCGGUCCAUACGACAAGCCAAGCUUCUCGCAUAGGCUCCAGAGAACGUCCCCUAAAGCUUUGGUCAAGCUUAUUGUCCCCGUUUUCCUAUUUUCCGGACUACUGUAUGGCAUUAGUCGCACAGAUAUCACACAAUACAUACCCGAUUCGAACAGAAACGCGCUAUCAUCGCUACCGCCCUUGGAGAAAGGCGGACAACGACGUCUCAGAAUCAUCGUGCCGGCCGAUGGUCCAUCGCCAGACUUAUGUAAGAUGCUCAUGUCGAGCAUUGCAUCCGGCUAUCCCAGCUCGGUCAUUGUGAACUGGGGCCGCGACUUUCAAAAGUCUCCUGGCUGGUUCGGAGGCUCUCAUCUUGGCAAGAUCGAUGGCACUCUCGAGUUUCUUGACUCAAUCACCUCCGAAGAAGCCCCAGACGACGAACGCCUUGGACCAGAUGACCUCGUUCUCCUCGUCGACGCCUACGAUGUCUGGUUUCAGCUUCCACCAUCCGUCCUCAUUCGACGAUACAUGGCGCAGAAUUACGCUGCAGACGAGCGUACUCGAAAAGAUUGGGUAGGAUCCCGUUCUUGGUUCUCGUUGAACUCGAAAAACAGUCUCGUACCGCGGCAGUCUAUCAUCAUCUCGACCCAGAAGAAAUGUUGGCCCGAUGCUAGUCUUGGCUCUGAUCCCCACUGCGACGAUCUUCCCGAGUCUAGUGCACGGGAGGACAUGUACGGGCCCCAUACGGACGAGGAUCCUAAGCAAAGGCACGACCUUCGCCCACGGUAUGUCAACAGCGGCAGUCUUAUGGGCCCCGUCGGAGACAUGAAGCAGAUUUGGCGGACUUCUAAGCGACAAAACCAUGAUGAAUGGGUAAAACUCCAAGCUGAUCAUCCUACAAAGGCUGCUCAGGAACUUCAGCAAAAUGACUUCAGUGUUGGCCUAGACUACAUCCAAGAUCUCUUCACCCCUACCGUUUUCGAAGAAGAUGAUGGGCUAUACAUUGUGUCGUUAGAUGGUCCAGGACUCCGACAAGCUGCGGCCGAUAGAGGCAUUGAUCCACCAAGGGUAACUGGCAUCCCAGAAGACAUACUUGGUUUACGCAGUCCUAUCCAAGAGACUGCUAUCGACAAGAAUAUGGCAUGGCAAGAUCUCCCGCUUUACACCGACUUCUGGAGUACUUCAGUGCCAGUUGUGGUACACCAUAAUGCCCAUCGCAAUGGCUUGAAAGGCCAGAGACUGCGCGAUUGGUGGAAGAACAACUGGUUCUUUCCUUAUCUCCGAAGUUUAUUAGAGCUGCACUCAAAACCACGAGAGGCCUUGGAGCCGCUGUUCAGAGCACCGGGUCGCAAUGGGGUGGAAGACUUGGUUUAUACAGCACCAGCAUCGGAUGCUCAGAAAAGGAAGCCCCGCAUCUUCAAGAAGCAGGAUCUCAAGGAACAAGGGUUGGCAGAAGCAGACUGGGACACUCUGUGUAAAUCUGAGGGCCAUGACGAGUGGUGGAACGAAGUUUUGCAGGACGGUAACGGACCUCUCUAGAAUAAAGGGUCGAUGGGCUACACGAUAUUGCUUUCAUUAUAUUGCUUUCAUUCCGUAGUUUUACAUUCUUACAUAUAAUUUCUUCAAUAAAUGUGCAUAGUUACGAACCGCGACAUCUUGCUUGAGUGUUGGGCCCCCAUUGUGCUCAGCAAUGAAUCGACCUGAGGGGCAAGAUACAUGGGUAAGCAAGGAUGCUCAACCAUCUUGAUUGUUAUGCCGUUACCUCAUCUUCUCGUCACAGACCUUGAGCCCCACCUUCACUCCGAAGGAUUGAUAAUACCACAAUCUGAGGGUUGACCGAUAAAUUGCGGAUAUCGAAGUACGUAUGGCGUUCUGACUAGUUUACACGCGGCACCUGGAUCGAGCCAGAUUCGGGGAGAGCUUCAGCUCAUAAUAUACUUGUUAUGAUAUUAUUCUUCUGCUUCACGGU